GAGAGGUUAUCGGUUCUGAUAUUUACUGACUCGUUUUUCAAGAGGAUGAAUAUCGUUCCACUAUUACUGCUGCAGUUAACAACAAUUUUUGUCACAGGUUUGGAGAAAUCUCCCAUCAAGGAAUUACGAACUAAAGCUCCCGACGUAGCUUUGCCGAACCUUAAGUGGCAGCCAGAAACAAAAGAAAACUGUCGACAUCAAUAUUUUAGAAAGCCCAUACUCGUUCCAAAUUGUGAACCUAAGUUUGUAAGAAAUAAGGUUUGUUUUGGACAAUGCAAUUCUAUUUACAUACCGCAGGUGGGUAAAAAUUUUAAAGAUUGUAAAGCUUGUAUUCCAAGUGAAUGGACAAACAAGACUAUAACGUUAAAAUGUCAGAUUGAUGGAGUAAAGAAGAAUGUAUAUCAGAAUCUAACUUUGGUUCACCGCUGUCGUUGUCAAGAAGUAGAAUGCAAUCGAAGGUAAUAUUCUAAAGAAAAAGAAUUUGCUGCUUAUAUCUUACUGAGAUUAUAGUUUACGCAGAUAUAUAUCAAUGGUCGUAGAUUAUUGGUUGAAAUUUCAAAAAGAUGAACAAAAAUACAUUAUUUAUUCUUUCAAGAUACUGUUGUUUAAUAUUAUUAUUUUUGAGAUUUUCAUAGGUAGAUAGGUACGGAUGAUCUAGGCAACAUUUUCCGUAUAUCUCGAAAUAUUUCUUGCAGUAAUAGACACUUUUUUUACGAAGAUCUAUCGCAUAAUUUAAUUGUGGUGCAGCAAUAAUUUUUCACCUAGGUGACAUUUCUUUUAUAUCUGAGAUUCAAAUCUGUAUGCUCCAACUGCUCCAAGUACUCCGGUGACCAAAAAAUAAAUAAAUAACACAGAACCGAAUCCAAGUGCUCCGACAUUUUAAUGUGGUUUAAAAAUAUAGCUUAUAUUUUCUGCAUAAUUCUUGCAAUUUAAUUUUUAAUUUAAAUGUCAUUUUUAUUUUUUUUCGGAAGAGACGGCAACCUGACGUAUGGCGCUUGCAUCAAUCGCACAUAUCCUCCUCAUAUAUUCUGUAAAUAUAAACCGUAGUCUUCG